AUGAGGGACUUGCAAAGACUUGAAGUGGGAGGAGGGAGCAAAAACCUCUCUGAGGCCACCGCGGUCAUGAAGAAUCUGCGCACUCCGAAGGCAAAUCUGGCUAAGAUCGAAGUUCUCGCGUGCGUCACAGCCUUUUUACUAAUGUUGAUCACCAUCUUCGGCUCGUCUAGGCGUCGACACAACAGCCAGGGGCUCAGGAUCCUGUUAUGGGCAAUAUACACCCUCUCGAGCUACCUCAUCGUAUACACGCUUGGUCUCAUGACCGAAGCGUCGUUCCGAAAUACGCUGCUACCAAUUUGGGCCAUUUUCUUGAUGAUCUUCUUUGGGAGCUCGGACUCCUACUCCGUCCACAGUCUUGAGGACUGCGAGCGGUGGAAGAACUAUGUUUGGCAAUAUGUGAUCAAGAUCACUGGGGUAUCGUUUCUGUUGGUCAUGUCAGGGAUCACGUUGCCGAUGUUUUCGUUCUUAAUUCUAUGCUUAAUUGUGCCACUGAAGGUCAUUCGUAGAGCAGCAUCUCUCAAGAUUGCGAGCGGGUAUGGCCGACAGAUGAACACCAAAUCUAUUGCCGACUACAUGAUUUCUGAGCACCAGUCGUCGGAGGACGAUCUUGACCCCAGCCAGAUGAGAGGAUAUAAUUAUGUUGUCAAAGUAGAAAAGACAUGUCCAACAUCAGUACAGAAGUGGAAAGAAAGAGAAGCUGCACCGCGAUGGGAAGCGCAGAACUACCGCAAGCCAUUGGAGAUCACUGACAGAGUCGUCACCGUCGAGAAGGUGUGGAAAUGCCAAGGAUGGCUUUUGAGAUCGGGUGGUGGGGACAAAGACAGCAAGCUCAAGGAUAUUUGCCUCUCGUUUUCGCUCUAUAAGCUUCUUCGCUUAAAAUUUAGCGACUAUUCAUUGCCCAAACGAGCUCACGAAAAGGCGUGGAAGUUGAUUCAGUACUUGUAUGCCGAAGGAAAUGGCUACGAGCGAGUAUUUAGGGUCGUUGAGCUAGAGCUUUCCUUUCUUUACGAUUCUUUCUACACCAAGUACCUGACCAUCUUCCAGACGUUAGCCUGGAGAACAAGGGUUAUAGAGCUCUUGCUUUUGGUCAUUGGUGUUCCGGUGACGAUCGGACUUUGUUUCCCGUGGUAUGACUCAAAUAGACCUCAAGAUGAAGUUCAACUAGCUACUACAGGCGGGUUGAGCAUCGACUUUCUUGUGACGGUACUAAUUCUAUUAACAUUUGUAUGCGUGGAGCUUGUGCAGUGUUGCUUCAUGGUCGUCUCGGACUGGACAAAAGUAGCAUUGCUAUGCAAGUACGUGCGAACAAACUCGUGGCAAGAGAGCAAACUGAUGGAGAAGUUGAUAGGAUUAAUAUGCUGGACGCCUAUACCGAUGCCUUGGGAAAGGAAACUUCACCAAUACUCGCUUCUCGAGUCGUAUGAUUACACCCCUUCGAGGUGGCUGUAUAAUAUCUUCACAGAAUUAUUUAUGGAUCCUAUUAGGGACGGCCAAACACAAAGCAAGCCCGCCAAUUUGUCCUCGGACGUGAAAAAGGCCGUUUUCCGUUCUUUAAUGUCGAAUCGCGAGGCACUGCAGAAUGGAGAAGCUUCUUUGAUACGAAACGAAGUGGAGCCCAAGUUCUCGUGGGCAUGUAGGCUCGGGACAAAAACUCAAGUGAUAUUUGUGUGGCAUAUCGCCACAAGAAUUUUCGAGCACACGGUGCCAAUUUCAGAUCCGAAUUCAAAGUCGAACUUUCUCGUGGCGACCAAUUUAUCCAAAUAUCUAGCUUACUUGGUAGCAUUCUAUCCGAAGUUAUUACCUGAUCACUCUUAUGAUUCAGAAUUUGUUUUUGACGAAAUCAUUAUCGAAGCAAGAUACUUGCUCAAAGGCUGCAAGACAAUAGAAGAAAGAAUCCAAAGAUUGAACAAGAGAAGUAACAAAAUGAAUGAUACCAAUAAAGUGAUGAUCCAGGGCGUGCGGUUAGGGCAGCAAUUGCUGGAUGUAGAAAAUGAACCGAACUUUAUUUGGAAGGUAUUGGCCGAGUUUUGGGCGGAACUUAUGGUGUAUGUGGCUCCAUCGGACAAUGCAAUGGCACACGCAAGGCACUUGGCGAUGGGUGGAGAGUUUGUGACUCACUUGUGGGCUUUGGUCUCUCAUGCAGGCAUUGAGCGAGCUGAUGAGCAAGAGUCUCCUGUUGAGCAACCUACUCUCAACAGAAGUUGA